AUGUCUCCGUUCCUGCGUAUCGGCUUCUCCAGCUUCGAGAUGGACCCAGGUCUGGCCUACCAUGAAGAGAUGAUCAACCCGUACUGUGCUGUCUACAUGAAGGAGGCUAUAGACACAGAGAAGGGCCAGGUGUACAAGCAGAAGAAGCCCACCAUGUACCCCCCCUGGAGCAGCACGUUUGACGCUCAUGUCCACCGGGGCCGUGUCAUGCAUGUGGUGGUGAAGGACAAAACCGCUGAGCUAAAGUCUGAAGCCAUGGUGCAGCUGGACACCCUGGCCUCACGCUGCAAAAAGGAGAACGGCAAGCUGGAGAUCUGGGUGGAGCUGAAGCCACAGGGUCGUCUACUCAUGGAGGCCAGAUACUACUUGGAGAAGAGUGAGGGAGAUGGAUUUGGAGAGAGAGACAGGGAUCCGGGAGUCUUUGCCCUCCAUGCACGACGCGGAGCCAUUAAACAGGCCAAGGUCCACGAGGUCAAAUGUCACGAGUUCAGCGCCACUUUCUUCCCCCAGCCCACCUUCUGCUCCGUCUGUAAAGAGUUUGUCUGGGGUCUGAAUAAGCAGGGUUAUCAGUGUCGACAGUGCAACGCAGCCAUCCACAAGAAAUGCAUUGACAAAAUCAUCGCCAAGUGCACUGGGUCGGCCAUCAACAGCAAAGAGACCAUGAUCCACAAGGAGCGCUUUAAGAUCGACAUGCCCCACAGGUUUAAGGUGUACAACUACAAGAGCCCCACGUUCUGUGAACACUGUGGCACGCUGCUGUGGGGGCUGGCCAAGCAGGGACUCAAGUGUGAGGAUUGCGGUAUGAACGUUCAUCACAAGUGCCAGAAAAAGGUGGCCAACCUGUGUGGAGUCAACCAGAAACUGAUGGCUGAAGCCCUGGCCACGAUCGAGACUAAACAGCAGGCCAGGGGCUCCAGAGAGAGUGAGAUCUAUAGUCGAGGCGGGCCGGUAGGUGUGGGCCAGGCAGGGGUGGUGCGGGAACCUUCAGGUUUAGUGGACUAAAUUACUAUCUCCCCUUCUCCACCUCUCCCCCCCUCUCCAGAGCAGCAGGGGAUAUCGUGGGACACCCCAGCGGAGGGGGACAUGCCUGCCCCUGUGAUGGAGGAGCCUGAGACGCUGUACGCCGUCCCCAGAAAAGAACACCUUCACAAGUUCACCCUGGACAACUUCAUCCUGCACAAGAUGCUUGGCAAAGGCAGCUUCGGCAAGGUGUUUUUGGCCGAGCUGAAGAGCAGUAGAGAGUUCUUUGCGGUGAAGGCUCUGAAGAAGGACGUGGUUCUGCUGGAUGAUGAUGUGGAGUGUACCAUGGUGGAGAGGAGAGUACUCUCCCUGGCCUGGGAACACCCCUUCCUCACACACCUCCACUGCACCUUCCAGACCACGGAGAACCUGUUCUUUGUGAUGGAGUAUCUGAACGGAGGUGACCUCAUGUUCCACAUCCAGAACUGUCACAAGUUUGACGUGCAGAGAUCUACGUUCUAUGCUGCUGAGAUUAUCUGUGGGCUCCAGUUCCUCCACUCCAAAGGCAUUGUCUAUAGGGAUCUGAAGCUGGACAACGUGUUGUUAGACUCAGAAGGCCAUAUAAAGAUAGCAGACUUUGGGAUGUGUAAGGAGAACAUGGAGGGAGAAACGCGGACCUGCACCUUCUGUGGAACACCUGAUUACAUCGCCCCAGAGAUUCUGCUGGGGCAGAAGUACGGCAGCUCAGUGGACUGGUGGUCGUUCGGGGUCUUGCUGUACGAGAUGCUGAUUGGACAGUCUCCAUUCCAUGGUCACGAUGAGGAGGAACUGUUCCAGUCCAUCAGGACAGAUGACCCCUGUUACCCCCAAUGGCUGGCCAAGGACGCACGAGACAUCCUCAUCAAGCUGUUUGUGAGGGAGCCGGAGAGGAGGCUGGGUGUGAAGGGGAACAUCCGUCAACACUCCUUCUUCAAAGACACAGACUGGAACGCUCUGGAGAAACGAGAGGUGGCGCCGCCCUUCAGGCCAACUGUGAAAUCCCCAAGUGACGUCAGUAACUUUGACAAGGAGUUUAUCAAUGAGAAACCCAUGUUGUCGUGUGCAGAUCGUACCCUCAUGAACAGUGUGGACCAAACCAUGUUUAACAACUUCUCCUUCGUCAACCCAGCUAUGGGCCACAUCAAAGGCCCCUGACCUGCAAUAAAUAACCUUACAACAACCUACCAGCAACAUAUUCACAAUCCAUCAACAACCCACUGUACCAGCAACAUAUUCACAACCCAUCUAUUACCUUCUGACAACCUAUUCACAACGCAUCAAUGACUCAUUACGACAACACAUCACAGACAGGAGUCAAGGACACUUACCUAACAGAUCAAUAACGUAUCCACAACCUGUCAAUAACAUCUCAGCUCUUUUAUACAGCCAAGGUGUACAGCAGUGGAGGCUGAUGAGGGGAGGACGGCUCAUAAUAAUGGCCGGAA